UUUGAGCUUUCGAAAUAUACGUUCGGAAAUCGUGAUAACUUACAUCACAAUGGCUUCGGCUAAUGAAAUCGAUAUAAUAAGUGAACUACAAAAGAAACCCUUUUCUGUUCGACAAUCGGGCGAGCAAAAUAUACUCGUAAAGCAGCGGCCAAUUCCAAAUUUACAAGCGACGACAGGCAAUAGAAGCUUUCAGGAAAGUUGGUACUCGAAGAAAGAUUGGCUUUGUGGUAGCUCAGAAAAUAAUGCAUUGUUCUGUUGGUUUUGUCUUUUAUUUUGCGCUUGAUCGUCAUCUUCUUGGACGCAGACGGGAUUCAAAAACAUGAAGAAUUUCCUAUCCGAUUGUAAGAAGCAUGAGAAGGCAAAAUCGCACAUGGAUGCUUACAAGACCUGGAAGACCUACGGUUUUCAGCCUCGUAUCGACUGUCUCAUGUCACAAACUAGACGUGAAGAGAUUCAGCGUCAUAACGAGGAGGUUGAUGAGGCAACUGAUGUUUCUACCAAAGAACAAUUGAGUGUAAUUGUUCGAAUGGACAAAGGGGAAAGUGUCAUUGAAAGACAGCUUGGGUUUGUUGAUGCUAGUUGUGACAGGACUGCAACUGCUAAAUCAUCAGUGGUUAAGGGUAAGUUAAGUCAAUGUAAUAAUGUGAAAGAGAAAUUUAUUGGACAGCCUUAUGAUGGUGCAUCUGUUAUGUCUGUUCAUCUCAAUGGUGUUCAAGCUCAAGUUCAGCAGGAUUAUCCUUAUGCUCAAUUUGUUCACUGUGCUGCCCAUAGACUAAAUCUAGUAUUAUGUCAAGCUGCAUCCUCCAUUUCACCUGUUAAGAUUUUCUUUGUUAAUAUUAGUGCUUUCUGCACCUUUACUAGAAAUUCCCCCAGAAGAAAAGCUUUACUAUCAUCGCAUAGGCUUGGGUUUCCUAGUCCUGGUGACACAAGAUGGUAUUAUAGGGCUUAUGUCAUCAAUGUCUUGCAUUCUAACUAUGAGAAACUGAUAGACAUAUUUGAAAAUCUUACUGAUAAUCCAAUAGGUUGGGAUGAUGAAACUUUAAGUAAGGUUACUGGUUUACUUGGCUACCUUAAUGGCUUCUUGUUUUGUUUAUUGGUACAUGUUUUCCAGAGAAUUCUUGAGCAGUCAUCCAUACUUUAUUCUAUCUUGCAAGAUAAGGACACUGACUUUCAUUAUGGAAUGAGUAGGUUUGAGAGAUUCAAGGCCUUUGUUGCUUCUCUGAGAAAUAUACAGAAUAUUGUCAGGUGA